AUGGGUGUCUCGCCCGGCCCCCAACUCGGCGCCGGCCAGCCGGCCGUGCCCGCCGCUGUCGAUCCCCGUUCGCCGGAGCCUCCUUCCGUCCUCGGCGACUCCUCCGUCUCGUCCAACCGCGGAAAUGACGCUGUCAUCUCCCAGCCGUCGACGGACGCAGCAUCCCGCCAGCAACCAGCCGAGGGAGUUCAAGGAAAAGAAAAAGAUGCAGCAGCAGACGACGACGCGGACGCCUACGAGUCCCGUCAUGUCCACACCGUCUACGAGGCCAUCGCCCCGCACUUCUCCUCCACCCGCUACAAGCCGUGGCCCCUCGUCGCAUCCUUCCUGCUCUCGCUGCCUCCCGGGUCCGUCGGCCUCGACGCCGGCUGCGGCAACGGCAAGUACAUCGGCGUCAACCCGGCCCUCUACAUCAUCGCCUCGGACCGGAGCGCGAACCUGGUCUCACUGGCGCGGAGCUACCAGCCGCCGCACUUUGAAGCCGGCGGCACUGGCAACAGCAACAACAACAACAGCAAAAAGAAGAAGAACACGGACAAGAACAGCAAGAACGAGACCAAGGAGGGCGCCGCCGCGACGUCCGAGUCUGCGUCGGCGGCGACCCGGGCGCCGAACAACCAUUCGACACAAAAUUAG